AUGUCAAAUGUAAAUGAAGUUACGUAGAAAUAAAUUUCUAUACCAUCUCCAUACGUACCUUUGUUUUUCAACAACUAACCAUCUAAUCCACAAACACAAAAGAGUUAGCAACCAUAAGUAUUUAGAUUUAAGGAAUAAAAUUCAUUAUCUGAAUAGAUAUAAAAACACAAAAAGUCUAAGUCUUUUGAUUCAAACUUAAAUAAAGAAAUAUAGCAAAAGCAAUUGUUUUGUAAUGUUUCAACUAAUAAUGGAUAAACCUAUUAUAAUUCAAAGGAUUCCCAAUGUCUCUCAAGCAAAUCUAAUUAUUUAGUCCCAAUCGAAUAAGAAAUACUCAGAAUUACGAAACCUUUAUAGAAAGGUGUGUUGAUUUUCAAAAGGUUUAAUUCUACUAAACCAAAUAUGACAAAGAUGGAAUUCGAUCCUUUUACUUGUCAGAAUCCAAAUGUUUGUGGGUAUUGUCCUAGAAUGAUGACAUUGUCAUAAAACUUGGAUAAGAUUGAAUUCAAAAACCAAAUGAGAGUCAAUCAAGUUGAUUCAUUGUUGCAAUUGGAUUAAAUAAUGAGAGUAAUAAUUCCAAAGACAAUUCAGCAGAGUAUCUAAAUUAAGAAAUAAAUAUCGAACAGAUAUAUUUUAAGUCAAGAAGAAAGGAUUGUUUGUGGAAUUGUAUAUUGGCCUAUGUCAAUCAUUACUUAAAAUGAUGGUAGGAUUGAGUUACUGUUUGAUAGUGAGGAAGUAUUGGAAUAGUGGUAAACGGGUCUUAUUUUUCUCAAAGAUAACAUUAAAACACUUUAAAUCAUCAAUAAAAAAUUAAAAAAAUAAAUGUGA